AUGAAUGAGUUCAACAGUAGUCUGGGUGAUGGGGUGUAUGUCACUGAUGCCUAUUGUGUAGAAGGCAAAGAGAAGGAGCUGAUAGCCUUUAUGAAAUCUGGUGGAGGGGUGCUCAUUGCGGGACAGGCCUGGUCGUGGGCAGAGGGACGUCCCAAAGAUAACCCACUGCUGCAUUUCCCUGGGAAUAAAGUGGCUGGAGUGGCAGGAGUCUACUUCUCUAAACAUAGAGGAGACGCUGAGUGCAUCCCAGUCUUCCCCACAAUCCCUGCGUCCUGGAUGUCUGUCGUAACUGGGAUGGAUUAUGAGGACGACUUGGAGUUCUUACUUCAAGGCAUCUCAGAGUUUGACAUUAAAGGAGUGGUUGCCUCUGAGAUCCUGAUCCACGGACCGCUGGCCUUCCCCAUCGGGACCAUGCCAGACGGAAGCGCCUUCUUGGCUGGAGCCUACUACGGAAAGGGCAGAGUGAUGGUGAUGUCACAUGAAAACCUGUUAAAAAGAGAGACUUUUGCUCCCUUCAUCAACAACGCUCUUCACUGGUUGGACGAGGGCAGACAGGGUGUAGUCGGAGUGUUUCCCAACCUGUACCAGGCCAAAGUGUUCAAGGAGUUCGACUUAAAGUGUGAAAAGACUGAGUUGCGAAAGGACUUGAGCGUGUAUGUGUGCAUGGUCUAUAAGGACGAGAAGGUGGAGGAGAUCCAGGAGUUUGUGGCCGAGGGAGGAGGCUUGUUGAUCGCAGGACAAGCCUGGCACUGGGCACAGAACCAUAAAGGCGCACAUUUCAUGACUGACUUUGCAGGAAACAAGAUCUUGAACAAAAUGGGCAUGACUCUGUGGAACACGAAAAUUACAGGAACGGAUCCGGUUCCGAACCAGGCCAAAAAUGACACUUACUACUUCAGACACGUCCUGCACAAGUUUACCCGACACGUGACUCAAGGAGAAGAGCUCACUGCACAUGAAGAAGAGUGGCUGAACAAACUGGGCGGAGACUGCACCAAGUACCUGAACCUGGACGCAUGCAACAACAACUUCAACCAGAUCAUGAGCACUUUCACAGAGAUCAUCAAGAAGGCGGGCUUGCCAAAGGUGUGUGAGAAAUGCCCCGUGAAAAGUGAAAGAGACAAGUUCCUGCUGAAAAUUGGGGAAGUACUUUAUAAGAAACAUCACAAUCCAGAAGAACUUUUACCAUUCCUUAUUAAAGACAACCCCCUGCUGCCCGUCCUUUACAACCAGAAUAUCAGCAUAGACACAGAUACAGGAGGUGGAGAGGAGUGGGUGAGCACCGGUCUGUAUUUGGCUCCUGGGAUGAAGACCUACUUGACCGUACCAGCAAAUGUUAUCGACAAGGGCUUGAAGGUGCAGAUCGGAUGCCAAAUGGAUUCAAUCAGUGAGGCCAAGGUGUUGAAGAGAGCUCCGUGUGUCUGUGAGAGGUUCCCGGUCACUUCAGAGAUGCUGCUGGUGCACAACCUGUGGGGAGGCCUCAUUUACUUCAUCGUUCCUCCAAAAACUAAAGUGGCGUUCACAGCCGUUGCUCAAAUGGCCGUUCCUGCUCCAUAUUACAAAUCAGGGGAAACCUCUCUGUCUGAUUGGUCACUUCUGAGCAAGGCCCCAUCUCCCUGGGCAGAGCUGGAGUUUGAGAACGUCAUUCUGACGGUGCCCUCAGAGGUGAUCCGGAAUCUGGAGCGUCCUGAUGAGCUGGCCGAGCUCUGGGACAAGAUGUUGAGGGCCGUUGCAGACUUGGCUGCAAUCCCACCCAAGUUUAAACGAAAAGAGAGAUUUGUCUGUGAAGUGCAGAUCUCGCAUGGCUGGAUGCAUGCAGGUUACCCCAUCAUGGCACACAAAGCCUCCGCUCAACAGAUGGUCAGUGUUAAACAUGCAACAACCAAAGGUCUGUGGGGACCUUUACAUGAGCUGGGACACAACCGACAGAGAGGAUGCUGGGAGUUUCCCCCUCACACCACAGAGGCCACAUGCAACCUGUGGCCUCUUUACGUGCACGAGACAGUGUUAAAUCUCAAAGGAUCAAGGGGGAAAGAACAACCGAAAUAUGUAGAAAAAUAUAUUACAAACGGAAGAAAUUUGUCUCAGUGGCACGUGUGGACAGCACUGGAGACAUACUUGCAGCUGAAGGACAAAUUUGGCUGGGAUGCUCAUAAGAAGGUGUUCGCUGCUUACCACAACAUGAGUGGCUUUCCCAAAAACAGAGAUGGGAAGAUGAACCUUUACGCUGUGACCUUCUCCGAGAUUGUGGGGAUGGACUUGAGCGGGUUUUUCAAAGCCUGGGGGUGGCCUAUAGAGGGCGACACUGAGAAGAAACUGUCCAACCUGCCUGCCUGGAUCGACCACCCUAUGGCCCAAUACAACUGA